ACUCCACGUAAAUAUAAACAAGACCAUUGCCGUUUAGCAAGGCUGCGCGCGCCGGCGCCACUCACUUGGGAUGGGCUCCGUCUUGUUUGGGCCGGAACAAGCAGCCACAGAACAUGCAUGACCGGCACACCGCCCCUGGCCAGAGAGGUCUUUUGCUGCUGUUGGCCUCCCUCUCUGAAAAUGCGUACCUUCAGCCAGUGCGGAGAGGGCGCUGUUGUCCAACCCAUGCUGGCCCUGUCAGACACAGCCCUACCCCGCGGUGGCAUCCCAGCCACGUGUCGGACUUGACGAUUGCCAAGCCCAGAGUCCCAAGAGCUUAUUCUCGGCACCAGACAGGAUCCGUGGUCCGGUGCCGCGGAAUCGCCUGUGUCGCAGCCGCACAUCCGACGGCGAAGCGAGGACCGCGCGACAUGAGUGGUUCUAGAACACGAGACGUGGACCUUUAGGUGCAGCGAAUCGGAGACUCCUUUGGCGGGAGUUUGUGGACCAAUUGUGCAGAUUAUUCACAGACUGUGUUAAAAAGUCUAUCGUCGAAAGGGUGCUGAUCAGUCGAACUGGGCUAGUACAUUCUCGAGAUGCCAUCCAUUACUGAAAGUGGUGGGGUGCCGAAGCCGACAGCUCUCGUCAUGGAGCCGUCUCCCAGAGUCGGUCUAAAGCGAAAAGUGCAAAAGAUACCUAGCGCAGGUCUUUAGGGCCUUGGAGUGAAGGCCGGUUCCUUGUUUGGGCUGUCUGUUAUUAGUCAAGCGUAACGUCCCAUUGGGGCAAUGGCUGGAAAAGGCGGACUGGAG